AUGCAGUCCCAAGACAGCGGCGUCUACGAGUGCGUGGCGCAGAGCAACGCGGGGGUCGUCUCCGAGACCAUCGACAUUCAGGUUUUAGUCCCGCCAAGCAUAACAUCAUUCGAGAAUAUAACCGCGAAGGAAGGCUCCAUGGUGCAACUGGUGUGCAACGCCGAGGGCCGGCCCGCUCCAAACGUCUCCAUCAUAUUCAUCGACAAUGAUUUGGACUUGGUCGAAUUAGACGAUAACGACAUAAAACAAAACUUGGAAUUCAUCAAAGUAAAUAGAUCUGACAUGGGGGUCUACGCCUGCAAUGCUACCAAUAAAGUGGACUACGCGACAAGACUUAUGUUUCUGUCAGUGGAAUUUAAGCCGUAUUUUAAGUCGGUGGCGGAAGUAGUGUGGGGCUGGAAAGGACACGAGGUCAACCUCAGUUGCGAGUAUGAGAGCAACCCUCCGGCGGAGUUGUCUUGGAGAUACGAAGGUAAAGGUGUAUCAACGGCAGAACAAGUGCAAGUCAACAAGCUAUUAAACGACAUGGUUAGGGAUACGUACAUAAGAUUCAACGUGUCUGCAUAUCCGUAUCCAUUCGGGGUGUACGAGUGCAAAGCCGCGAAUGCAUUGGGAGAGGACAAGAAGACGAUCACUUUCAAGGAAGGAUUUGUUCCGGGAAAUAUCAGUGAUGCGGCAGUCCUCAUUCGCAAUCCGACAUCAGUGACCUUCGACAUCCGAGGCCCUGACACGGUCGAAGGGCCGGCCAUACUCGGCUACACUGCUGAGUAUGACACCGAAUUCAAUUCCAAUGUCACUGACAUCCACAUGAACCGAACCUGGGCCAUAGACAGGCCCUAUACCAUAGAGAAUUUAGAGCCGAAUACCACUUAUGUGAUAAGAUUUGCGGCUCUGAACGAGGUUGGGCAAGGCCCGUGGACUGAGUACAAAACCUUCUACACGUUGGAACCUUCCAUCCCAAGCCCGCCGCAGUGGCAGACGGUGUCAGACGGCGAGCUAGUCAAUAUCACCUCUAUGGACCAAACUACGUCUUGGAACCCAGCUGAAGGGAAUGGCGCUGUGGUGGAUUACUAUACCGUAAGAUAUUGUCCGUCAUAA